AUGUUCAAAAGUGAAUUCACAUUUAUACCAACGUCAUUCAAUUCAACAGAAUUCAUUUUGAAUAAUAAUUGCAUAUCAAUAAAUGUCAUUGGAUAUGUUGGUAUAGCACCGUCUUCUUUUGAUUUAAUUCCGUACCCGCUGAUAUAUCUUCGGGCAUCAUUAAAGAGUAUAGCUGUUGUUAAUGAUAAAACACCAACACAGCUAAGGUUACUGAAUACAUUUAUCAAUUGCACUGGCAAAUCAAGAUAUUUCGAUAAAACAAAAUUGAAUAUUGAUAUUCCACCAACAUUUAACUUCAGCGGUGGUCUAUGUUUUCUGCAAUCAAACUCGAAUCAAUGGCAAUUUAUUGCUAUUCUACUGGAAGCAACGAAAUUAUGGAACUAUUGUAUACCAUUAACUACAACAGCAACAUAUAGUUCUUAUUAUAAAGUAUUUACAAACAAACAAGAACUUUAA